AUGGGAAAUAAUGCAACUCAGGGGAAUAAGAAGCUAUCACUCGCUAGCUUGUAUGAUAAAGUAGAUUCCUACAUCCGCGCGCUCGAAACUCUUGGGGUAAAGUUCGACAUUUGUGCUGCUAUGACAACCGACCGACUCACGAAGCUGUUUAAUUUUCUACAAAUGGAAGUCGAGAACGAGGAAUGCAUAGGUAUGGCGUUAACAGUUUUCGGGUUCUCGUCGGAGCAAGAAACAACGAGAAAGCAAAGAUGUAAGCCUGAAAAUACGAGAGACAUACCAAGUGCUAGUGCACUCACUCUAUCGGGAGAAGAGAUAAAUGUAGAAUGCGUUUUUUGCAAAUUAAGUCACGAAAGUGCAUCGAAGAAAAAUCGAAACAACCCGAAAAAGCAAGACAAUGCUUUAACAAUGUUGGAACAGUUUUGCAGUGGAGAAAUUUUACUACCUGCGCACAUCCAAAAAGAUCUUAAAUGUCGAUACGUCGAUCGUGGUAUUCCGUUUUUGAAAAUAGCACCCAUUAAAGAAGAAGAACUCUAUCUGGAUCCGAAGAUUGUUGUAUAUCACGACGCAAUUUACGAAGAUGAAAUAGAGACUCUUAAAAGAUUAUCCGAGCCCAGGCUAGAGGUUGCAAAAGUGCGAAAUCCUAUAACUGGAGGAAUGCAAACCUCUGACUAUAGAAUUGCCAAAAGUGUCUAUAUUGAAGAUAAUGGAAAUAAACAUAUUAUGCUUGUGAGGCGUCGAGUGGAGCAUAUGACAGGUUUGGUAUUUGAAACAUCCAAGAAAUUUCAAAUUGCUUAUUACGACAUCGGAGGCUUUUACUUACCACAUUAUGAUUUUGUGAGAAAAGAGGACGAGCACUCUUUGAAAGAUUUUGGCACUGGUAAUCGAAUAGCCACGGUUCUGUUUUAUAUGAAUGAUGUAACUGAAGGAGGUGCUACAAUUUUCCCGAUGUUAAACAUUACCAUAUGGCCUAAAAAGGGUAGCGCAGUAUUUUGGCACAAUCUUCAACGAAAUGGAGAAGGGGAUACUUCUACUUUACAUGCAGCAUGUAAAGUACUUUCUGGAGAAAAAUGGAUUGCGACUAGCUGGCUUCAUGAAUACGCUCAAGUAUUUCGCAGGCCCUGCACGUUAUUGGAAAAUGAAUGA